AUCAACGUUCCAUUUUGCCUGUGGUCAACUGUCAAUUUCGACUGGCUUAAGGGACCUGAAUAGCAAUUCAUCAGCACCACAUAAUAUAACAUAAUCCCCCUUCUAAAAGAAAAAAAUAAAAGGUCAAACUGACCCGAGCACCACUUGUCCGCUCCAUCGGGACUCUUCCUUGAUAAUUCUUGUCUCAUCUUAGCCCUCUUGCCCGUGAAAUAUGCGACGUUGAACGCUGUUCGAUUCCGCUUCGGUUUCUCGUUACAAUUUCCUUGUCUCGGGUGUGAAAAGGAACUUUCUCUUUCUAAGCACUCUCCAAAUUCCACACGUCCUCCUUUGAACUCUUCCUCUCUUCCCCCAGCACGAUCCCUUCUACUGAAAGCAAACCUAAUCCGCUGAAAAAGGAAAGCUGAAAAGGCGAAGCUGAAGGGAACUUGCUCUCUCGCUUGACUGUUGCUGGUCCUUCCCUCAUGCUUCUCGCUGAUAAAAACUGACCCGCAAUCCACGACCGUCUCUCGAUCGACUUCUCUUCGAUGAUGCCGAAGACCGUUCGGUCCACCCUCCUCCUUUUGGCCGGCGUGGUCUUGCCUAUUCUCGCGGCGGCGCGUAAAGCUAUCCCCCCACCUUGCAGCCAGACGUGCCACAACGGCAAGCCCGCGAAUCAGAACCUGACUUAUCCGUUCGGGUUCUCGCCGGGCUGCCCGAUCCAGCUCAACUGCACCGACGACGGGGACGCCCUCAUAGGGGAGUUCGUGGUGCAGGCCGCGUCCUCGGAGACCGUCACCGUCACCAUCGAGGCCGAGUGCAACCGCUCGUUCGAGGCCAUCGCCAAUCUCUAUGGCCGCAACUACGCCCCGAUGGGGAAGAACGCCAUCCUGCUCAACAACUGCACAAAGAUCUCCCCCUGCGACUUGCCCAACACCCAGGUCAUCCAGGCCCAAUUCCAGUCCCUCUGCGAGACUAAGAACAAGGCCAACACCAGCAUGAGCUGCUACUCCGAGAAGGAGAACCACUACAGCACAAAGUUUCUCAACCGCAGCAGGCUCUCCGCCCUCGGCUGCAAGUUCUUUCUGUCGUCGAUAUCGGCGGAGAAGCUGAACAAUGUGUCGGUGUCGCUGGGCGUCCAGAUGCUGCAGCUGGCGUGGUGGGUAAACGGCAACCGGUGCGAGUGCUCCCGGGACGCGGACUGCGUUCAACUCUCGCUGCUACCGAACGGCGGCGGAAAUGGGUUCCGGUGCAAGUGCAGGGACGGGUUCCGUGGCGACGGGUUCUUGGCAGGCACCGGCUGCCGGAGAGACGCGUUCAUGUGCAAUCCUGCAAAGUAUCUCUCUGGCCAAUGCGGAGGAGCCACCAGAAUAAUUGUUCUAGUCGGAGGUGUCGUAGUUGGGGCUUCCUUCAUGAUCAGUUUGGGCUUGAUCUGCUACUUCUUUCGACGGCGAAGCAAAUGGAAAGCCCAACUCGAGGUGCAGCGCCGUCUGUCCGAGGCCUCAGGCAAGAGCAGCAUCACCUUCUAUCCGUACAAAGAGAUCGAGAGAGCCACAAACUACUUCGCAGAGAAGCAGAGGUUAGGGACUGGGGCGUUCGGGACGGUCUAUUCGGGGAAACUGAACGGCGACGAUGAGUGGGUCGCCAUCAAGAGGAUCAAACAGAGGGACAGCGUCGAGCAAGUCAUGAAUGAGAUCAAGCUCCUGUCAUCCGUGAGCCACCCCCACCUGGUCAAGCUCCUCGGCUGCUCGAUCGAGAAAGGCGAGCAGAUCCUCAUCUACGAGUUUAUGCCCAAUGGCACAUUGUGCCAGCAUCUGCACAGAGAGAGAGGUCAAGGACUUUCCUGGCCGAUCAGGCUCAAAAUUGCCUCAGAAACUGCUCAAGCAAUUGCCCAUCUCCACUCUAUUAAGCCACCAAUAUACCAUAGGGAUGUCAAGUCGAGCAACAUUCUUUUGGACUACAGUUUCACGUCGAAGGUUGCGGAUUUUGGCCUUUCGAGACUUGGCAUGCUCGAGGACUCCCACAUCUCGACCGCCCCACAGGGGACCCCGGGCUAUCUCGAUCCCCAGUACCAUCAGGAUUUCCACCUCUCUGACAAAUCGGAUGUCUACAGCUUAGGCGUAGUACUCACGGAGAUCAUCACGUCGCUGAAGGUCGUGGACUUCUCACGGCCUCAGAACGAAGUGAACUUGGCCAAUCUGGCCACGGAUAGGAUCGGGAGGGCGCGGUUGGAUGAGAUCAUUGACCCCUCCCUCGACGUGAACAAGGACGAGUGGACGUACCUGUCCGUGCAGAAGGUCGCCGAGCUGGCAUUCCGGUGCCUUGCGUCUCACCGAGACAUGAGGCCUACCAUGAAGGAAGUGGCGGACGAAUUGGACAGGCUCUGGCUCAGUAGAUGGGCCGCUUCCGAAGAGAAAAGUUGCACGACCUUGUCCGAGGCGUCUUCGUGCUCUUCUUCAGGCAGUAUCAGCGAGAAGUUGCUCAUUUGUCCCAAGGGGAGAGCCGAACCGGAGAUCAGAAAGGCGGUUGACGCUGGUGAUCAAACCGGAGGUAGCACCAUAAGCUCAACCGGGAGCGUUUUGACGGCAUCAAUGAGAGAUUCAUCUCCAAGUGAAGAGAGCUCUCCCUCAUCAAGCAGUUUACUCUCUAAGGUGAUUCCAGUGACUUAAGUCCCUCUGCAUUCGAAGCUUUUACAUCUGCUGUAGGACGCCACAACUGUAAAUCCAUUUAUAGUCAAGUUUUGACUCUAACUAGCUGGAUUAUUCGCUCAUCAGCAUGUUUGUUCUGGAGUAGUGCCCAGAAAUAAAGUAAUACCUCCCGUUGUUUG